UCGACAUUACGUCAGUGAAAAUUAUAAUUCCUAGUAUUUCAAGUAUGGAAGAGCCAGAUGAUCAAGAUAUAGAUUUUGAGGAAUUAUCAGCAUAUGAUAGUUUAGAUAAUUUUCUGAUACUGAUACGUAAAUUUGCUAAUACUAAAGAUACUCUUGAACUUUUUGUUAGUAAAACUUUCCAAAACUGGAGUCAUGUAGAAAAUUUUAUGAAAGAUUAUGCCUCUGCUAAAGAAUCAAGUGGACCUUCUUGUAGAGUAGGAUGUCUAUGGAAAAUCAACAUUUGGGUUAAAAAGAACAAAAAUUGCCUUGAAGUUACAACAUUUAAUAAUCAACAUACAGCAUCUGGUGAGGAAGAUACAGGAAUGUUAUUAAGGUGGCUUCAUGAUAAAAAAAUUGAAGAUCCUCGAUAG